AUAGUAGUGAAGACAAAUGCCGCAGCUUCCGCGGCAUGCCCACCAUGUGUUUCUAUGUCACUGUCAUCUAAGCGCGCCCAUCUGUUUCUGUCCCCUCAAAGUGGACAUGGCUACGUUAUUGCCGCAAACUUGCCGAUAUUAACAAUAUUAUUCAUUACUGAUACGGAAGAAACUGUUUCAAUGUACGUAAUGUACUCACAAGAAGAAAAAAAAAAAUCGCGUUCGGCUUGCUCCGGCGGCCGUCAUUUUUGUGUUGGGAUGUCGCCCUACAUACAGCGGCAGCCGCCUAUUUGCUGACCUGUUGUCAUCCCGCAGCAAACGCGGGAUGAAAAUGUUUUGUUCUUUUUGCAGGAAUUUAAUCCGUGUAAUGAUCGCACCCCUGAAUUUGUGUAAAUUUUUUUACAAAAAAGUGCGAUAAUUAUGCGAGUAAAUACGGUAUUUGUGUUCUAGUUGCUAUAUCACCUUGGCAGUUCACAGCACAAUUUUGAUUUCAGUUCAGUGUUUUUUGGUGUAAUUUAAAAUAUUUUGUGUAGUAUAUCACAAUGUAAGUUAGCAUACUGAAAGGAGUGAGUUAUGCAAGGAAUAUAAUAACCGUUAGCUUUGAGUGUUCCAAUAUUGAGCGCAUUUCUGUUUGUAGCCAUUACUUUGCUUACUAAUGUUUUGUAACAUUGCAGGGUUGAUUGGAGAGCCCAGCCUUGGAUUCCUGCCCACGCUAAAUCAAGAGGUCACCUUUCUCAAGUCUGGUUCUCGGCAGUCUCCUGAGGCAUCACCCAUAUGUGGUGUUCCUUUCUCCGAAGAUUUUUACAUCUGUUUGCAGCAGGAUGAUAAUGACCCAUUGGCUGAAUUGCUCUUCCCUGAUGUGGGUGCUGUCGAAGAGUGCAGUGCAGAUGGUGAUACAGCAGCUUUGAAAGUCUCCGCAGCUCUGUGCCAGGAUGUAGUGGAUUCUCAAGGUGGCAGUCAUUGCGGAGCUCUGGAGGCAACGAUACACUCUACCAACGUCAGUGCUGAAUCGGGCGCUGAACCAUACAGGAAAGUAGCAAGUGUGUUGAAGGAGCGUGUCUACUCGAUUGGGAAGAAGGGCAUCUUGCUAGAGAGGCAAGCAAAGUAUGCAUGUCACCUUUGCCCAUACAUGACGAGGAACAAGAGCAGCAUGAUCGCCCACAGGUUUCAGCACAAAGGCAUCCAAAAGCACAAGUGCAACAUCUGCGAACGCAGCUUCCAGCGGCGCUCAACAUUGCUGUACCACCUGCGCACGCACACGGGAGAGCGUCCAUACUGCUGCAGCAUGUGCCCGCGCGCCUAUUCCUGCAAGUUCUCCCUGACCGUACACGAGCGCAAGCAUACGGUGCCUGCCAAACGUCGUCGUCGAUGGCGCAGAGUGACACCACAGCAGUCUUUUGAGACAUCAGCCAAUUGUCGCUUCGUUUCAUCUGGCAACGUCUAUCUCUACACCAAGCCUGGAAAACAAAAAAUGCCAACCAUAUCAAAAACUGCGCCAGUAGAGUGCACUGCUGACGACGUUACAGGGAAAGCGAAAACCUGUGUACUUGUUGCUGAUUCUGCACACCAGGGCACCGUGAAUAGCUCGGCGAGUGGUGGCGAGUCAACCACAGCUCUGACUGCUUUCGACAAGUACAACAUUGGAGGGGCAGUAGGACCAGAACAAGCUUAUGUUCUAGCCAGCGACUUUUCACCGUUGGAUCUGGCAACUGGUUCGGAGACAAGUGCUGAGUUAACCAAAGGUUUGACCGACUGUGCGGAAUACAACAUAGCUGGCACUAUGGGUGAAAUGCAAACUUAUGUUCUAGUUACUGACGCAGCACCCAAGGGUGGAGUGACAGGUUUAGUGACCGAUGCCGAAUCAAUGACUGCUGCGACUGGCUCUGCUGCUUGGAAUGUAGUCGGCACUAAAGGCGCAGAGCAAGCAUACAUACUAGUAGCUGAAUCAUUGCUUCAGAAAUCUGGUGGUUUAGCUACCAUCCCUGAGCCAACCACGUCUUCGGCUGUUUUUGCCGACUGCAAUGAGGGCAGCGCUACUGGAGCAGAGCAAACCUAUGUACUAGUAACUGAGCCCACGCCUCGCAGUGCAUUGCCUUGCAUCGAAGCAACAGCAAGCUCGCCGACCGUCGGCAAGUCCAACUUACUCGACGCUACGAGUGUAGAGCAAGCCUAUGUCCAUGAAUCUCUGGCCGGUUGUGAAGCAGCUCACUCGGUGAGAAAUGCCGAAUCAGCUGCGUCCUCUACCGCUGGUCCUGACGCAUUAUUCGAUGCUGCGGAAGUAGAAGAAGCGCUUGCAGCAGUUGUUAAGCGCGCGUCUGAACGUUGCAAAGCCGAUCCAGGAACUAGUGGCGAAUCGUCGGGGCCGGCAGAGGCGCUGCCCGCAAACAGUGGCGACCGAGUCACGGUGUCGCGCCUCGAGCCCGUCGACAUGACCGAGGAGCACUCGUACAGUUGCCGGACCGGCAUCUUCGCUGUCAAGCAGCCGGUCUACGUCUGCCCGUUCUGCCCGUUCCAGACACGGCACCGGAGCGCCUUCGGGCCGCACCAGCUGAUGCACACGGGCGAAAAGCCGCACAAGUGCGAGGUGUGCGGCCGCGGCUUCCGGCUGCGCCUCACCCUGCGGACACACAUGCGCACGCAUACGGGCGAACGCCCGUACCACUGCGACGUGUGUGAGCGCAGCUUCUCCCUGAACAGCUCCUAUCGGCUCCACAUGCGCGUGCACACCGGCGAGCGACCGUAUCUCUGCACGACGUGCGACAAGGCGUUCGCGUCGCGCGCUACGCUCAAUCGCCACACGUUGCUACACAGCGGAGAGAAGCCAUUCAAGUGCGACGGCUGCGGCAAGGCGUUUCCCCUUUCGAGCUCGUUGAGGAAUCACAAGUUCCACAAGUGCCGCCCUCAGAUGGCCGACGAGUCACUUUCCAACGGUAGCGAGAACGACCGCCGCGCCGUUGAGGAACCAUUGGUUGAAUGUUCAGACGCUGCCAACGUUGGCGACAGGCCGUUGCUAGACCAUACCCAAAGCUCGGAAGGUUCAAGCAGGGAUCACGGGAUUAUGUAACAAUCUUCGAGCGAAUUUCGAAGAGUAGCAUGCACGCAGACUGGUUCGAAGCAAGCGUUUUAACACAUAUACUGGCAAGUGUCUACAGAUUGAUUCACCAUGUGUUUAAUCUGAUGUUUCAUGUGUAAUGCUGCAGCCUGUUUGUUUCGUACGUAAUAAACGUUCGAGCGUAAACACUAA